AUGACUAGCACGGAGGCUGCUGCUGUUGUUGCUGCACCGAGCAAGCGCAUGCCGCCGUGGCUCUCGAUGCCCGGCGGCCCGAAGGAGCCAAACUCCGCUGCAUUUCGCGCCAAGAUGUCAGCUCUUGCGGAGGAGAAGCGAGCCCUGCUGAAUGAGGUGAAGCAGCUGCGGGCAUCGCUGGGUCCACGUGAGGGACGCGAGGAGUCGGGCAAGGAGCUUGAUGGGCUGCGUCAGCGCAUGGGCGAGAUUGAUAAUCAGCGUAAGGUGGAGCAGGAGAUGCGGUUUAAAAAAAACGAGGAAAUUCAGAGGAUUCAGAAGCUGCAUGACGAGCGUGUGAGCCGACUUCGCGAGUUGUCGGACGACUUGGGCGGAUUCACGACAAUAAAGGAAAUCGACGACGCCAUUGCAUUUGUAACUCGCAGGAUGGAGACAAGUGGUGGUGGCCUCGGUGCAGAGAAGCGCGCGGUGCGGCAGUUGAGUAAAUUGGAAGAGGCGAAGCGGUAUCUGGUUGAGCUCCAGCCACUGACAGAAGCCAUCACAGAGGCGAAGCACCGUGAGGCAAUGCUGCAGCGUGAGUGGCAAGAAAUUAAUGAGCGCAUUCGCAACCUCCGGGCAGAAUAUAAUGAGCAGCGGGCAACGAAGCAGCAGAAGGAGCAAGAGAUACGCAGCAGUGGGGUGAAUCGAGCAGAGAUCUACAAAAAGUGUGAGGAGAUUAACGGCAAGAUUACCAAACUAAGUGGGGAGAUGGAUCGUCUGCGUGAAGAACACAACAAAGCCAUGGAGGCUUGGAACACAUGGCGGGAGGAGGCCCGCGCCAAGUAUAUUGCCAAGAUGGAAGAGGAGCGAAAAGAACGGCGGCGCCGGUACCUGGAGCGCAAGAAUGCAGCGAAGAUUGAAGCCAAGCGGGCGCGGGCGCUUCGCCGUCAAAACCCAUACGAAGCAGAGAUUGAUGCGUGCAAGACACUGCUGCGCUACAUGCAAGACCAAAAGGUCAUGGUACAGCGGGAGGAGGUAGAACUCGCCCGAAAACGUGCCGCCGCGACGUUUGACCCUACAAAUUUUCUUCCUGAGGGUGCUGUUCUGCUGAAUGACGGCAAGAAAUUCUCUGAGCCCCACAAGGCCGCCCCAGGUGGCAAAAGCAAAACGAAGCAGAACCAGAAGCAGAAGUCAGAGAGUGCCCCUCCAAAGAAUCGUGUCUUGCAGCACCCGGAGGAUAAGAUUCGUCUUUUUCAACUCAUUAAUGAGGAGCCACCCGUAGCUUUGUCUGCCAUUGAUGGCGCUAUGGAGACGAUUCGCUCCAAACAAAAGGAGUACGAGAGCCACAUCAAGACAGGCGAGCUGGAACUCUCCAGCGAUGACGAGGAGGAAGAGGAGGAGCAGCCGCAGGAGGAGGAGGAGACUGCUGCUGCUGCAACCGAAGAAGUGCAGAAGAAAAAAGAUGAGGUUGAGAAGGAAGUGACAGCCGACAAAAUCGGCUUAGUCACACAAAAUGAAGAGACAGUCGAAGCGUGA